GCGGGGGCGACUUCAAUCCGUUUAAAUGACCGAGGAUCCGCUCUCCGUCUCGGGAGUCCGUCUACUUACAGGAACGAUGACAGCAGCUGCACGCGAACUUGGAGGAACGAGCCGUUUGCGUUGCAGCAGCAGCAGCCGCGGCGGCGCUCGGUGAAUGGGAACGGAGACGAGGAGUCGCUUUACACGUGUCGGGGUCUCACCACGUGGAGGACGCGGCCGCGAACUUAACGCCCGCGGCAACAUCUGGCGGAGGAGACGGGGCUCCGGCACAUCCAGGUUCACGGCACUGAGCGCAUGGUGAACAGCAGAGGCGACGCCCCCGCCGUGGCUGUGAUGGGCGGCGGCGGCGGCGGCGUGACGGCCGGCCGGCUGUGCGCCGGAUGCGGAGGUCGGAUAGCGGACCGCUUCCUGCUCUUCUCCAUGGAGCAGUACUGGCACACGCGGUGCCUGAAGUGCUCGUGCUGCCACGCUCAGCUGGGCGAGUACAGCAGCACCUGCUACAGCAAGGGAGGGAUGAUCCUCUGCAAGAACGACUACAUCAGGCUGUUUGGACACAGUGGAGCCUGUAGUGCCUGCGGUCAAUCCAUACCCGCAAGUGAGAUGGUGAUGCGAGCCCAAGGCAACGUCUACCACCUUAAAUGUUUCACUUGUGCGACCUGCAGGAACCGCCUGGUCCCAGGCGAUCGCUUUCACUAUAUCAACGGGACGAUCUUCUGUGAGCAUGACCGGCCAGGAGCCGUCCUGCUCAGCGGACACCCGGCUCCAAUGCAGGCCAGCGCCGUGAUGUCGGAUCAGAAGGUGUGCUGAGGAGGAGAACGGAGAGUCCAAUGUGUGCCUUGCCCUCGUGGAUCUUCUAAUGAGAACUGGAUCAAAUAAGACAAGAUUCUGCCCAAUUCACUCCUGUAACUGUUGCUCAAUACUCAAAAAAAACCCUUCUGUCUUCUGGAUUCCAGCCCUUAAAGUUAAAGUUGGACAUUAUGCUCAGUGAGUAAGUUCCUGUUGUUUCCAGCAUCAAAAUUAAUAAAUGGUAACUGGUCCUGCACUUGUGUCACGCUUAGCGGCCCUCAAAGCGCUUCAACGCUGCAUUCGCAUUCACCCGUACACACUCAUACAUUGAGGGGCAGUUUGGGGCUCAGUGCCUUGCUCAAGGACACUUUGCAGAUGGCCCAGGAGCCAGGAAUCGAACCACGGAUCCUGUGAUUGGUGAGCGGCAGCUCUACCUCUUGAGCCAUUGUUGCCCUAAACCUUUCUUAAACAUUGGGUUUUAAUCAUUGUGCCACCUACAGACCAGGUGUGGUAGUAAACUGUAACAAGGCUUCACUUCUGUAUGAUUUCAUUUAUUUUGUUAAACAAACUCUAAAAGCAUUGGUGAGAAACUCCUUGAAAAUAUUAUCAAAGUGCAUGACAGCGACUGAAUUGGAAACAAUGGUCAGAUUUACAGGCUGAUCAUUCAGCACUUUUGUAUGAAACUAUUUCCACUCUGCUAUUUGUCCUUUAAUCAGCCUUUGGUGACUGAAUACUGUGACGCUUGGAGACACAUAAGCAUCAAACAGCCCUGUGUGAUGCUCCACAGCUACUAGCCCUCUCCCUUCUAGCCACAGCAUCAGUGUUAAGUUUUUUUUUUUUAUUAUUGUAGUCCAGGUUUUCUCUGUUUUAGUUAGUGUAAACUUUUUAUUUAUUAAAGUUUUCCCCAACUCUGUGGUUUCAUACUCUCUGGAUCUGAGUCCGUCCAAAGGUCAGUCAUAGACUCCAUCCUCCAUCCAUCCAUACUCCAUCUUUUAUGGCAGAUCAUGACAUGUGGCUGUUAUAUUGGACCAAAAUGAUCAAAUUCUGAUAAUAAAAAUUAAUUUUCAUCUGA